GAACGCUUUACGCUUUUAUUGGUUGUCGAUUUCACACAUGCGCUUUUCAUGCUCUUGUGUUUCUUAGGGUAACUGCAGAUUCUUCAUUUGUAGCCAUGUCUGAUUAUGAUUCUGAAGAUUAUUCCUCAUCCGAAGAUGAGGAUUAUGUGCCAUCUGGAGGAGAAUACAGUGAAGAUGAUGUAAAUGAUUUGGUGAAAGAAGAUGAUGGAGAGGAAGAAGAGGAAGGAGAAAGAACUCACCAAGAGUCAAAAAAGAAGAAAAAAAUGCAAAAAUGUAUUGCUGCAAGAAAGAGGAAGAAAGGUGGCCUAGUCUUAGACACAGAGGAAGGUGGCUCCGUGAAUGAGGGAGAACCACAGAACACAGAAGAGGAAAAGUUAGACGACUUUACUGAAGAGAAGAAAAAGAGGAUAGAAGAAAAUAAAAAGAAACGGGAAGAUGAUCUCUGGUCUAGUUUUCUUUCUGAUGUUGGUCAAAAACCAAAGACUCAAUCUUCUGCAUCCAGCUCUCUGCAACAGAAGUCAGAAGAGCAAAAAACAUCUGUCAAACCAUCUACACAAAAUACAGAGACAAAGAAGCAGUCAGAGCCAGCGAAAGUGACCAUCACCAAAGUGUUAGAUUUUGCUGGUGAAGAAGUCACGGUGAAAACAGAAGUGGAUUCUUCAUCCAAAGAAGCCAAGGCCUUCAUUAAGCAGCAGCAACAACAGCUGCAGCCGCCUAGUCAGACGCUUACAGGACCCAGUCUUCCAGCUGCCUCUAGGUACAUCGAGAGAAAAGCCUUUUUGGAACGAGUAGAUUACAGACAAUUUGAAUUGGAGCGUGAAAUCAGAAUUAAAAAUAUGAAACCAUCAUGAUUAUUCAGUAACACAUUAACACAUUUUGCAUUGUGACUAUUUCUUAAGGGAAAGCAAGAGGAUUCAAUCCACAAUAUGACUUGGAAAUAAGAUGGUUCAGUAGAAAAGUGUGUUGGGUUUUGUUUUGUUUUUUUAUUCUGUAAAUUUAAUAUCUGUUUCAUAAUUCAUUCCUUUCAGGCAGAGGAGUUAAGCCAGCAUAUUCUACAAAACAAAACUCUUCUUGUAAAAUCAUGAAAAAUAACAUUGCAAAACUAAUGUCAAAAAUAAAAUAAAAAUGGCAACUUUUAAGUAAUGAGAAAAUUGUUCCUAUGUCACCUCUACAAGGACGACAGCUUGUGGUAUUUAGUCAUUUAAAAUGGUUGUGUGUAUAUCUCUGUGUAAGUGAGAGAGAGAGAAUGUGCCAAGUUUUUUUUUUUCCCUCCAAAGUGAUGUUUGACAAAAUAGAUCAGCCACAUGAAAUCACAGAUACUUACCAAACUUAGAUUUUAAUGAAAGAACUGCAAUAUCCAUGUUUCUUGAUUGUGGGAGAUAUGUUUUCAAAUAUGUGAAUAAACAGUACUGUUUUAAGCA